UUAGUUAUUCUGUGUCUGUGUCACAAACCAACAGCCGUCGAAGUGGUUGCGUGCAGUGUUUUUGUUUAUUUAUAAUUUUCAAACUUUAUCGUCAUUAGUUUACUUAAACACAAGAUGUAGAUUUUCCUCGUUCUUUAUUAAGUGUUACGGUGUAUAAUAAUAUGUCUCAAAUAGCUGUAAUGCGUGCUAAAAUGCCGUAUAUUCGUGCAAGUGUUUGGUGUGUGCCUUGUGUGGUGUACUUUAUCAUUUUCGUUGCCCUGACAAAGGACAGCGUUGCAGCGCAUCAAUUAAAACAUCCGUCUUUGGAUUUUAGAAAACACUUAGUGGCGAUACCGACGAUACACCACGCCAGAACGAAAAGAGAAUUAUCUUCGACGAGAGACACUGCGGGUCUCCACCACCCGGAGCUGACCCUGACCCUGGAUGUGGAGGGUGAGCAGUACACCCUGGACUUGCGGCUGAACCGUGCGCUGGUGCCGCCCGGGCACGUGCUGAGGUACCGCCGCGGGGGCCGGCAUGUGCACACUCACCCUACUGAUGAGGAGCUAGACAUCUGCCAGUACCAGGGCAGCAUACGUGGCGUGGAGCACUCCUGGGCGGCCGUCUCUACCUGCCACGGCGUCAGCGGGGUGUUAUACGAUGGACGCACCAUGAGAUACAUCGAGCCGGCCGGUCCAACCCUAGACUCGCACCACUACAUCUACGACCACGCGGACCUACAGUCUGAGAAGACAUGCGGAUACAAGGGAGGCCACACAAAGAAUAAAACUGAACAUUUAGAUAGAAGAAAACGCUCAGGAGAGACAGUGACGCAGCAUAGCCGGCCUAGCAGGUACAAGCGUGCGGCAGAAGAGACUCAAGUGCGGGGCCCCUACUCCGAGAACAAGUUGUCUCGGUACCUGGAGUUAGUUCUGGUGUCGGACCACGACGAGUACCUCGCCAACGGCGCUAGCGUCGCCGCCGUGCACCACAAGCUGAAGGAUGUGGCUAAUAUUAUUAAUUCUAUGUACGCGCCACUAAACAUCUUCAUAGCGCUAGUCGGCGUAGUGGUCUGGUCCGAAGUGGACGAGAUCCAGCUCCUGACUGACGGAGACGAGACGCUGACCAACUUCUUACACUACCGGCGGCGCGAGCUCGUGUCAAGGAUACCGAAUGACAACGCACAAUUACUUACCCGGCUGAAGUUCAAAGACGGCGUGGUGGGCAAGGCUCUCAAAGGCCCCAUCUGUACCUACGAGCUGUCGGGCGGAGUGGCCACCAAUCACUCGGAGGUCAUCGGCCUGGUCGCCGCCACUAUAGCUCAUGAGAUGGGGCACAACUUCGGCAUGGAGCAUGAUACUGAGGAGGACUGCAAAUGCCCGGACGACAAGUGCAUCAUGAGUCCUUCCUCCACGUCGGUGAUGCCGCUGCACUGGUCCUCGUGCAGCCUCAAGAGCUUGGCUCUGGCCUUCGAGAAGGGCAUGGACUAUUGUUUGAGAAACAAGCCGACCAAACUCUUCGAAUCCCCAACUUGCGGCAACGGGUUCGUGGAACCAGGCGAGCAGUGUGACUGCGGGCUAAUCAUGGAGCCAGGUGCAAGGAAUAAGUGUACUGCGUGCUGCCAUCCCGAUACUUGUAUGCUGCGGAGUAAUGCUACGUGCGCGACGGGCAUGUGCUGCGAUCUGGAGACAUGCCGCCCCAAGUCCGCCGGCACUGUCUGCCGAGCAGCAGAGCGGGAGUGCGACCUGCCCGAGCACUGCAGCGGCCACUCGGAGCAUUGUCCUGAAGACGUGUUCAAGAUGGACGCCACGCCGUGUGAUAACCAUCAGGCGUACUGCGUGAAGGGGUCGUGUCGCUCGCACUCGGCGCAGUGCCGGCUGCUGUGGGGGCCCACGGGCGGCAAGUCGCACGACGCCUGCUACACCAAGAUCAAUAAUAAGACUGACAAACACGGCAACUGCGGCUACGACCGCCUCCAGCAGCGGUACGUCCGCUGCGAGCGCCCCGACGACCUUCACUGCGGCCUCCUGCACUGUCAGCACCUCAACGAGCAGCUGGCGUUCGGCAUCGAGACCGGGGGCACGCUGCAGACGCACACCUUCAUCAAUAUCAACGGUAAGAUAGAGCCGUGUCGCACGGUGCUCGUGGACCUGGGCCUCGGGCAGGUGGACCCGGGGAUGGUGCCCGACGGGGCUAGGUGCGGGGAUGAGAAGAUGUGCAUGAGUCAGAAGUGCGUGACCGUGUCGUCGGUGCUGGCGGCCGUGUCGUCGCUGCCCACGGCUGUAUGUCCCUCCAACUGCUCCGGACACGGCGUCUGCAACUCUAACGGUCACUGUCACUGCGAGCCUGGUUUCUCCCCUCCACUAUGUGAGCUGCCUGGCCCCGGCGGCUCUUACGACUCCGGACCAGCCACUGACCCCAGCGUUCAAAGAAACUUCAUGGUGGCGAUGUACGUGAUAUUCCUGGGCAUCAUCCCGACGAUCCUACUGCUCAUGUUCCUGUUCUACUACUGCAAACAAAACGGAAUCCACGCGUGGGGGCGCUCCAAGAAAUCAAUGCAAUCACCGAAGAAGAAUUCUCUUCAGCGUCGCAUAUCACGCAGCGCGAGCAAGUUCGCGGCCAACUUCCACAGUCAGUCGCACCCGCCAGCCCCUCCAGUCAAUGUACACACGUUGUCGUCACCCGAUGACAUGUCCUCAAGCCUCCUCAGAAACGACUCCGAUAGAAGCCCGACAGGAAACAUAAACCCUACGGUAAACUUCUUUGGCAAUUUCAAAGGGUUUUCGUUAACCCCUGUCGAGAAAACCCAACCGAGAGUAGAAAGUCCGGUUGUCGUUGACAAAGAUGCCGGCAAAAGCGCUAAGAUUACGCCGGUUCAUAGGAGCGGGAGUAACAGUCAGAGUGUUUUGAACCAGGGAGUAGCGAAGCCAGUUCUGAGAUCGGCCCCGCCGUUGCCGGUAGUGCCGGUGGCAGCCAAACAAAACAGUCCCAAAGCCAGUCCGUCUGUCAAACGAAACAACAGCGCCGUCCAAAACAAAAUCAAAGCUUUAAUAGGUACAGACAGAAUAGAAGAACCACAUCCCGUUAUGAAUAACCCUCCUCCAAGACCGGUGAUUUCCAGUCCGAUUCUAGAAGCUUCUACUUGCACGGCUAAGGAGUUGAUUUCUCCGCUGCAAGGUUCCAAGACUAUGGGUCCGGUUAGGAGCGCCCCGGGCGUGCCGGGGGCUUCCCCCGAUCUACCAAAGAGACCUCUCAGCAUGCACUCAGCAGGCAAUGUGCUGCUCAAGCCUCUGCCAGAAGAACCCAAGAAGGUGAAAGAGGGAAUAUCGCUCAACAGAAUAGCGUCGUUUCUGAAACACGAGAAGCCUAAAGAGAAAGAGAGGAGCCCGGUGGAACGAAGUCACUCGCUCCCUAAAAACCCGAACCAUUUAGUGCGGGUGCCGAAAACUGUCGACAAAGUCGCCUUGAGGAAUCUGCAGAUAUCCAACCCCAUUCUGCAGAAGGAGAUUGACGUGCCGGCGAAUUCUAUAUCGGUGGUCUCCGAUUCUGAAGACGGAGACGAUCCGAAAUCCUUCGCGAAUCGCACCCAAAGUAUGCGCGGGCCCCCAGUGACGCAGAAGCCGGUUAUACAAAGCUUUGGUUCGAUGAGACAGCCCCCCGGCGCUCCCAGACCAGUGUCUGGAGUGGGGAGACCCACCGCGCCCCCGCCCCCGCUGCCUAACCACGAAACUAAACCCGCCCCGUCAAUAUACCAAACGCCGAAACCGACAGAAAUCAAAUCGACCGAUUACGUCGACUGUAUCGAUGAGAUACAAGCCCCUCUAGCACACAUAGACGAAGAAGGCGACAAUAUCUACGCCAUUAUAGAGGAGAGUCCAGAGAAACAUGCUAAGCUUUUACCAGGAGUGCCGCCGCCGAUUAAAACGAUCCCACAACCGCCGCCCGUCGGUUACAACACUCCCAAACCUAUAACGUCUAACUCUGGAAGCACGGAGAGCAUGGGGCUACUCGGGGAAAUAGUCAACGAGAUACAAAACCGCAACUUCGACUCCAUAUACUCGACUUCCACACUCGCGAGGAAAAAGAAAGAGAGGGAGAAACAGAACGCUCAGAACAGAGAUAGCACCUACAUGAACACAGAGUACAAAACGCCUGAGAGUGUUUACAGCAACUCUGGCGCCAAGUCGACAGUCUCUACUACUAGUAGUGGGUAUCUGAACCCGGCGGCUGUAAAUGUCCCCACGUUUCAAAAAAUCGAUACUAAAGAGGCAGACGAAGCUGAAAAACCUCCUCCGUCACCUACUAUGAAAAUUAAUUCUAAAAUACCCACGUUCUCAAGACAAGUGACGCCGCCCGGUCUGAAAACCACAUCGACAUUUCGCAGCGUGCCACAAUCACCGAAAGGUACACCCAGAAAUGUAACUCAAAAACCUAUUACAGUGAACAGUCCAGAUGUAGUUUCUAGCUGCGCCGGCGCAGACACUAAAAACGCAAAACCACCAGAUGUUAUUAACAAUAACAAACUAGCCAACGAAGGACCAAAAGUAGCUGUAAAACCUAACUUAGCGCCAAAAACUAACGAUAACGCUAGACCACCUCUAAAACCUACACCUAUUAGUGAUAAGAAACCAACACUUAAAACUACUCCGUCGCUCAAAUCAACGAACUCUUCAACAAGUUUGAAAUCAGACAAAAAUCCACCACUAAACAGAGCUAAUUCAAAAGUGGACUCUAGUGUGAAAGCCAUGGCGGAUAAUUUAAAUAAAAACAAACCUAAAGUAGUACCUAAACCCGCCUCUAUAGCCGUGCAAAAGGCGGAUUCGAAUGUAAAGCCGAACGCGACUAAACUAUCUUCGAAGCCGUCAAACGUCGCGAGCUUGCAACAGAAAUUUGAAAAUCGAAAAUCCGUAGGCCGCGACAUGGCUGUAAAAAAAUAAGUGUCAACUGAUUAAUAAAUAAAACUAUAAUUUGAAAUAUAGUUAGCUGUAGGUUGUAUAAAGUUGUGCUUUGAGCAGAUGAGCUAGAACUUUAUUUGCUGUAAAGUUUUACUUUUCGUUAAAAGUAUUCCAAUGACUAUAAAACGGUUCACAAUAGUUUUCUAGUCGAUUUGAGUAGUUUAAAGCUAAUAAUAAAAACAGAUCAAAGUUAAAUGUGACUGGAGUUGAAUUUCACAUUGUAUUUUUGUCUGGUUUUGGUGAAAUAAUGAGAUUAAAAAGUUGUGUAUAUUUUCGUAGCCUUACAUUUUGAAUAGAAUGUGUUUGAAUAUAAUACUGUAAAUAUAAGUUUAGUUAGAGAUUAUAUUUGUAACGAUGUGAGAGUUCAUAAGUUCACAAUGACUAGACAAGAGAUCUCUGUAUAUAUUUUUCGUGAAUUCCUUAGUGUUUGUGAUUCGUAAUAUUAAAACUGCAAGUGUCUUAAAAUUCUACUUUAACAGAAGUAGUUUUAUUGAUGAAAAAUAUUACUGAUAAUUAUAUAUUCCGUUUGUAUUUUUAUAAACAAUAUUUAUAUAAUUAAGUAUAAUGCUGUGUGUUUUGAUUAUGUUAUAGUUAUAACUAAUGAAUCUUAUUUACAACAAAUCCGACAAAUAUUCAGAUUAAAUUCAUAUAGUACCUACCUACAGAUAAUAAUAUAGUUUAUAUCUAUACAUCAUCAGCCGUAUGUAUGGUGCUAAGAUACAACAAAUAAAAUUAAUAGGAAAUCAAUAGAAAUAAAUUCGCCAAAACAAUCGUCCAUGAUUAUAUUAUAUUACAUGUAAAUUGAAUUAUAAUACUUACAAAUCACAAUAAUGUACCUCUACUACCUAAUGUAUUAAUGUACACUGCCAUGCAAAUGUUAAUAAUUAUAAUCAUUAUAUAAUGGUGCUUGAAUGUCGCAAUAUAAAUAUCACUACUUGGUAAGGUGAUUAAAAAUCACUUAUACCUAAAGUUUGACAUAAAUGUACAGUUUGGGCCAAAGAAACCAGACCUCUCCCAGUAUGGCAAUGACAAUGCUACUGCUACCUGAGAGAGGUUAGUGGGCCUAGCGUAGGUUUUUUUUACCGAUCGGCAGUGAAAAUCGACUUAUAUUUGUAUGGCGCGCAACUAGUUCAGCCCGAGUGCCGCUAGGUGGCGACUCUCCCGCACCAUACAAAUUCGCGUUUACUCGCCACUACUCGAACGGUGUAAAAACUUGCUCUCCGCAUGCUGGUUUCUUUGUCCAAGACUAAACUGUACCUAUUUGUCGCUGUUAUAUUAUUGUCAGCAGUUAAAGCUUGAGUAUUUUGAUUUCACUCUCACUUGCUAUAAAAAAUAUAUAACUAUAACCGUACCUACAAAGAGUUGUACAGUCAUGUGCAUUAAAACUUUUGACUUUGCUAAUAUAAAGUAUCCUAAUUACAAGUCAUAGACAGUUUCUGUAUUUAUACUUUCACAAGGUACCUACAAAAGUGCAACACUGUUAAUAGAUGAAUGUGCGUCCCAUUUAAACUUGCAAUAUUUUAACAUGUAUGGAAUAUGAUCAUCAUUCAUUACAAUAAUAUAAACUCAAUGCUUUCUUUAACAGUUAAUUGGGCUUUGUUAAAGGACACUAAUUCCAGAAAUAUUCAAAAUUAAGACUGAUUUUAGUUUUAUUUGUUUGUAUACCAUUCCUUUUCUUAUAUGAAUGUCAAAUUAACGUGCGAUGUAAUAAAAAUAACAAGUUUUUUUACCUAAGUACGUUUUGAAUACAUCUCAUUUCAAGUUUACUGGACUUAUCUAUACUUAAUUUAAAUGUAUAUAGAACCAAAGAGUUUUUAAGUGUGUUAUGUUAUGUGCAAAACAGCAAGUGAAUUCUAGGUAUUUAGUUUUUUUUUUAAUAUAAGUGAAGAGAGGUCACUUUAGUUUGGUAGCUUGACUUGAAAAAUACAAAUUGUACUGUACAAAUUGAUCUGAUUUAGACAUUACUUAUGCAUAGCAAAUAUUACGAUUCUUUGACGAGCAUAAUAAUUAUUUAAUUAAAAACAAAACAAUUAAGAA